CUCUGCUGCUGCGUUUCACCGGGGUUCUGGUGUUUCUGGUGUUCGAUUUCUACAAGUAUUACCAUUCCCCUUAAAGGUGGUCAUAAAUAAUGGAGUCUCACGAUGAGACAGGAUGCCAGGCACCAGAUCGCACCAUUCUUUGUGUCAACAAUUGUGGCUUUUUUGGCAGAGCUGCUACCAUGAAUAUGUGUUCCAAAUGUUACAAGGACAUGCUGUUGAAGCAGGAUCAGGCCAAACUUGCAGCAUCAUCAGUUGAAAACAUUGUGAAUGGCAGCUCUAGCAGCAGCAGUGGGAAAGAGGCUAUGAUUGCAUGUUCUACUGAUGCGCAAAUUGGGACUGUGGAGAUAAAGACAAUACAUGCAGAAAUUUGUCAGGAUUCAUCCUCUAGUGAGAAUUUAGAGAUGAAAGUCAAGACUGGUCCCAGUAGAUGCACCGCUUGCCGGAAGCGUGUUGGAUUAACUGGUUUUAGCUGCAAAUGUGGGAACAUUUUCUGUGCAGCGCAUCGCUAUUCUGACAAACACAACUGCCCUUUUGAUUAUCGGACAAUUGGUCAGGAUGCUAUAGCUAAAGCCAAUCCUGUAAUUAAGGCAGAAAAGCUUGACAAAAUCUAGGCAUGCCCUAAACUGAAGUCGAAUGGACGAGGAUUGAUGCUUCACUUUUUAUCAACAUGUCUUCAUAUAUGUUUGCUUCAUGACUUUUCAGGUGUCCUAUAGUGUUUUCAAUGAUCUAUGUCACAACAAUAAGGACCUCAUUAGGGAACAUCUGCGUUAUGUGUCAAUUGGCAAAGAUUCACUUGUUAGCUGCUGCUUGAAUGUUUGUGCUAGUUGAAGGACACCUAUCGGUCAUUCUGUAAAUGGUUUCCUUGUUUGUCUUGCAUUAUUUUGGUGCAUGAAUGCUAUUUAUUACGUAUCUAUGUAUGUGUUUUUAACUUUGAGACUGUUUAAAUGAUACUUAUUUUACCUUAUUACGCA